UCAAAGCUAUGCUGACCCUAGGUCGUUAGACUAGUUAGAAAUGGAAAUCCUAGUUAGUCUUUCAAAACUUGAGUUAUUUUCCUCCAUAAAAAAACUUAUUUUAUCUCAAAACUCAACUCCUUUAUAUUCAACUCUUCUAGUCUGAUUUUCUCUCGUCUAUUAGAAGGUUGCUAUCAGAAGAACUGCUUACAAAAGCAUCGACUAUGUUGCUCAAGAUCGGCCAGCACCCUCUACCCCACCUUUGGAUGAUGAAGAAGAAGCGUCUUUCUCUGCCUUAUCCUCAUUCUUUUUGGAAGGCUAUGUUAUGAAACCCCUGAGUCUAUCACCAUACUCCUUUAGGUUGAUAGGAUAGUUUAUUGAAAUAAGCUAGACGCGAUAGACGAUAAAAUAGUGUUAUACUAUAAUAAUAACAACAAUGUGAUGGUGAUGUUUGAUAUGUUUGUGUUGGAUUUUUGUUUGAGUGCAAUGGUCUGAUGGCCAUAAGAGCAUUAAAAAAACAUAAACUUAAGAAAUUUCCCUCUAGAAUCUUUUCUACUCCCCACUUCUCUAAGGACUUCACCUCCUAACCACUCAGAUGGUGAACCCACGUCAAGGACCCAACAACAAUCGGAACCAGCGUGGUCAACAAGCACCACCACCACCACCUAAUCCCAAUAUGGAGCAGUUCAUCGCCGCCCAAAUGCAGAUUCUGCAAGGACUCACUGCUGCGGUUCAGCAAUUACAACAGAACCAACAGAAUCAACAACCCCAGCAGCAGCAGUAUGCGCCCCGGGCCAGAGAUAAGCACCGGGACUUCAUGAGUCAUCACCCGCCAACAUUCUCUCAUGCGGUUGAUCCUCUAGAUGCCGAUGACUGGCUCAAGGUCAUUGGAAAGAAGCUGGACAUCACUCAGUGCAACGACCGAGAGAAGGUCUUGUACGCCUCGGGAAGACUCGAGGGAGCUGCGUCCGAUUGGUGGGAUGCCUUCACAGCGGCACAUCCCAACGCAGAUACCAUAACCUGGCAGGAGUUCCAAGAGAACUUCCACGCUCACCACAUCCCCUCUGGAAUCAUGAAGCUGAAGAAGGAGUUCCUUUCCCUUACUCAAGGGAAUAUGACUGUCAGCGAGUAUCGUGAUCGCUUCACUCAGCUUUCACGUUAUGCCCCUGAGGAAGUGGACACUGAUGAGAAGCGCCAAGAGCGUUUCCUGGAAGGACUGAUUGGACCUCUGAACUAUCAACUUCAGAGCCAUACCUUCCCCAAUUUCCAGACACUGCUGAACAAGGCAAUUGGCCUUGAAAGCAAAAGAAAGGAAUUAUCUGACCACAAAAGAAAAUUUCAAGGUCAGUCCAGCAGGAACACUCGCCCGAACAAUGCUCAAGGUUCGCAGUUCCGCUCUGGAAAUCAGGGUGGAAAUAAUUAUCAAGUGCAACGCUCUGGACAGCAAAGCCAGAGAAGUAAUCAAAACCAGAACCAGCAAAGGAGCAACUCCCAGACCAACCAGAGGUCUGGUGGAAAUUCCCAGAACCGUCAAGGUAGCACCAACAACACGCAGGCCAGAAACAACGCACCUGUCCAACCCAAUGGAUGUUUCAAGUGCGGUGAGCUAGGCCACUAUGCCAACAACUGCCCAAGGCGCAACCAGCAAACACCCCAAAGGAGCAAUACUCAGAAAAAUGACCAGAACACCCCCGCUCGUGGAUCUGCUCAGAACAAGACUCCGCAGAACCAGAGCAGAGGAAGGGUCAAUCAUGUCACUGCGGAAUCAGUGCCUGAGGAUGCCGACAUAGUGUAUGGUAUUUCCUUGUUAACUCCAUACCUGCAUUAGUUUUAUUUGACUCUGGAGCAUCACAUUCGUUUAUAACUGAGUCAUUUGUGGAAAAACACAAUAUACCUAAGUAUCCCCUUAAGAAGAUAUUACACAUUAGUUCACCGGGAGGUGACAUGAAGGCCACACACUCAUGCCCCCAUGUUAAUAUCAAGAUUCAAGGAAUAGAGUUUUCAGUCAACCCAGUGGUCCUAGGAUCCAACGGUAUCGAUGUGAUUCUUGGAUGCAACUGGUUGAAAAGUUGUAAUGGAGUGGUACAGUGUGCCAAUAGAACAAUUAUGUUGACAAGUCCUCAAGGUGAAAGAAUCCAAGUUAACAUAGACAAGUCAACAGAUGAAAAAGGGAAAACAGUGAUCAAUCACUUGGAAGAAAAGCCCUUGGAAAAUAUCAAAGUAGUGUGCGAAUACCCAGACGUAUUUCUGGAGGAAUUGCCAGGUAUGCCACCUGACCGUGAUAUAGAGUUUUUUAUUAUUACCCGGAACCGCACCGAUCUCGAAAAGACCUUAUAGAAUGGAUGUCAAAGAUUUAGUAGAACUGAAGAAACAAAUAGAAGAAUUACUAGAAAAAGGUUUCAUUCGCCCAAGUUCAUCCCCUUGGGGAGCCCCAGUGCUAUUUGUGAACAAGAAGGAUGGUUCGAGGAGAAUGUGCGUUGAUUAUAGAAGUUUGAAUGAAGUAACCAUCAAGAAUAAAUACCCACUACCUCGGAUUGAAGACUUAUUUGAUCAAAUGAAAGGAGCUAAGAUAUUCUCGAAGAUAGAUCUGAGAUCGGGAUAUCAUCAGUUAAAGAUUCGAGCAGAAGAUGUACCGAAGACAGCCUUCACGACAAGAUAUGGAUUAUAUGAGUUUUUGGUCAUGUCGUUUGGACUGACUAAUGCACCAGCAUACUUCAUGAACUUGAUGAAUAAAGUAUUCAUGGAAUAUCUGGAUCAUUUUGUGGUCGUAUUCAUUGACGACAUACUGAUAUAUUCUCCGAAUGAGGAAACACAUGAAGAUCAUCUAAGGCUAGUCCUACAAAAGCUUCGUGACAACCAACUAUACGCAAAGUUCUCGAAGUGUGAUUUUUGGUCGAAGGAAGUUGCUUUCUUAGGACAUAUCGUUACCGAUGGUUGAAUUAAAGUGGACCCAUGAAAGAUAAGUGAGAUACUAGAUUGGAAGCAACUAAAGGAUGCGUCUAAGAUCAGAAGUUUUCUUGGAUUGGCAGGAUACUAUAGAAGAUUUAUUGAAGGUUUUUCCAAGUUAGUGAAACCUCUUACCUCUCUACUGGAGAAAGGUAAAGAGUUCAAUAGGAUGAAGCUUGCCAGAAUUGUUUUGAAGAACUCAAGAAAAGGUUAACCACUGCACCAAUAUUGGUAAUGCUAGACAUCCACAAGGGAUUUGAUGUGUAUUGCGAUGCAUCACACCUUGGACUUGGAUGUGUGCUAAUGCAAGAAGGAAAGGUGAUUGCUUAUGCUUCAAGACAGUUGAGGAAGCAUGAGAAGAAUUAUCCUACGCAUGAUUUGGAACUAGCUGCCGUAGUGCAUGCUUUGAAGAUUUGGAGACACUAUAUGAUUGGAAACAAGUGCAAAAUCUUCACGGAUCACAAAAGCUUGAAAUAUAUAUUCACUCAGAAAGAACUCAACCUCAGACAGAGAAGAUGGCUUGAGUUGAUUAAGGACUAUGAUUUGGAAAUACAAUAUCACCCAGGAAAAGCAAAUGUAGUAGCUGAUGCUUUGAGCCGUAAGGGUCAAGUGAACAACAUCACUACUCAUUUGAUGUCACAGGAAUUGUGCUGGGAAAUGGAACAACUCAACCUUGGAUUUCUCAAUAAUGUAGAAGCAACGGUGAUGGAAGUUGAAUCUACUUUGGAAGAAGAGAUUCGUAAAGGACAAGAGUCUGAUGAGAAAAUUAAGGAAAUUAAAGCUUUGAUUGGUUUGGGAAAAACCCCAGAUUUCACGGAAGAUGAACAAGGCACAGUAUGGUUUAAGAAGAGAAUCUGUGUACCCAAAAUCGAGCACUUGUGCCAACUUAUUUUGAGAGAAGCUCAUGAUUCAGCUUACUCUAUUCACCCUGGAAGUACAAAGAUGUACCAGGAUCUUAAGGAAAAGUAUUGGUGGGGUACGGUUUGAAAAGAGAUGUUGCUACUCAUGUUGCAUUAUGUGACGUGUGUCAGCGAGUUAAAGCUGAACACCAAAGACCAGCAGGAUUGCUACAACCUCUCAAGGUACCAGAAUGGAAAUGGGAAGAAAUCGGUAUGGAUUUCAUAGUUGGACUACCCCGUACUCGAGAUGGCUAUGAUUCAAUAUGGGUCGUAGUAGACAGGUUAACUAAAGUAGCACAUUUUAUACCUGUGAAGACAACUUACUCGGGAGCCCAGUUAGCAGAGUUAUACAUGUCGAGAAUUGUUUGUCUGCAUGGAGUACCGAAAAAGAUCGUAUCAGAUCGAGGAACCCAGUUUACCUCGCGCUUUUGGAAAAGACUACAUGAGUCCAUGGAUACCAAGCUAAACUUUAGUUCAGCUUAUCAUCCGCAAACGGAUGGGCAAAUAGAAAGAACAAACCAAGUGUUGGAGGAUAUGCUAAGAGCUUGCGCUCUAAAGCAUGGUAGAAGCUGGGAUAAAAGUUUGCCUUAUGCAGAAUUCUCGUAUAACAACAGUUAUCAGGCAAGUCUAAAAAUGGCACCAUUUGAAGCACUUUAUGGACGAAAGUGUAGAACACAGCUUUACUGGAAUCAGACUGGAGAAAGUCAAGUAUUCGGUCCAGAAAUUCUCCAAGAAGCCGAAAAGCAAGUACAGAUUAUUAGAGAAAAUUUGAAGUCAGCACAGUCAAGAUAGAAAAGCUAUGCUGAUAAUAGAAGAAGAGGGUUGAUGUUCGAAGUAGGAGACUUCGUAUACCUUAAAGUUUCACCGAUGAGAGGAAUGAAAAGGUUUAAAGUUAAGGGAAAAUUAUCUCCUCGCUAUAUCGGCCCAUUCAAGAUUUUGGAAAGAAAAGGUGAAGUAGCCUACCAGUUAGAGCUACCCGAUAGUUUAUCGGAUGUCCAUGACGUAUUUCACGUAUCACAACUCAAGAAGUCUUUAAGAGUAUCGGAGGAACAGUUACCCAUGGAAUAACUGAAUGUCAAUGAGGAUUUGACUUAUUCAGAGUACCCAAUCAGAAUUUUGGAAACAUCUCGCAGAAUUACACAUAGUAAAGUUAUUAACAUGUGCAAAUUUCAGUGGAGUCAUCAUUCGGAAGAUGAAGCGUCUUGGGAAAGAGAAGAUGAACUUAGAGCAGAAUUCCCUCAGCUAUUUUUAGAAGUUAUCUAAUCUCGAGGACGAGAUUCUUUUUAGAGGGGUAGGUUUUGUAACGCGUCAAAUCCAUCUAUUAAAAACAAUCUAAUUUAGUUCACUUUCAUUAGGGAUUUUUUUAAUAAUUAAAGUAGUGAUAUAAUUGGGUUUAACAAAUUUUGUGAAUAAUUAAAAUCUACCAAAUAGUUGAUGCAUUCAUUUUUCGGUGCAUUGUUUUUUUUGUUUGUUAAUGAAUUACAACAAAAUUAUUUUAAUUUAUUCUGUUUUAUGAGGCUUAGUUUAUAUAAAUAAUAGGAAUUUGCCUAAAGAUUAUUUACUAUGAAUUUUAUUAUUAGAUUUAUUAUACUUUUGGAAUAUUUAAAGUAUAUUUAUUAAUGAAUAACCUAUUUAAAAAAAUAAAAGAAAAUGAAUUUCGAAAUUAACAAAAAAAAACGUGAACACGUUUGGCCCAGUGGCCGUUUGGCCGAACGGCCGUGCCAGCCAAACAGCAUGCACACGCUCUCUCAUCAAUAGCAUGUGGAUCAAAGUUUUCUCAUCUCCUUUCCAUGACGUGUGGGGACCACCUGUAGGAGGUUUCCUCUUCACCACAACAUAGCAGAAAUCAUAUCGCACAGCCGCCCCUACUGUACGCUGGAAAGCAGACCGCCGCCGUUCACGCCACGGGCCCGCGCCGCACCACCUACUACUGCGCACCCAGCAGCGAUAUGCCUUCUCUCCUCUUCUCCUCCUUUAUAGCUCGGAUUACUGGCCCAUUAGAGCCAGCCGUUUCCUCCAUCAAUGGUGUUCAAAUCCUCCGUUUCUCAUCUUCAAUCCCUAUUAAUUUGGCCACGAAUCUUCCUCUCCUACCGCCUAUAAAAUCUGAGCCGAGCUUGUUCUCCUCUCCCCUGCUGGCUCCGGUUGUUCUCAUGCUCCAAAUAUUUGCUCCCUUGCGCUGAGUUCGUUACUUCAUUGUCGCGAAGUCAUCUGUGUGCGUCGUCUGCGCUCCAGCAGCCUGCCAGCCAGACUCGUCGCCGGAGUUCGCCGUUCAUCGCCGGAGCUACGCCACCCGUCAUCCGAAGCCGAGCCCUGCUCUUCUCCACCCGGCCGAAACCCCGUCGAGCCAUCCCUGUCACACGUGCGAACCCAAGAAGCCGACUGUGUGGUAGAGAAUCCGAACUCGUUCGGGGACGACCCGCAAGACGCUGUUGAGCAAGGCAA